AUCGGCGGGGGUGGGUAUGUGACGUCACCUGGCUGGAAGGAAAGUGGCUACCACCGAUGAUCUGCCAGUCCUCUUAGGAUUCCACGAGGAUACCCUUUCAAUCAGGAAAGGAGUUCCUGAUCUGAUUUGCACAGUUAGGGACUAAAAUGCAGCAGAACCAGUACGACGAAGAGGAGGAGGAAUUGGAAGAAAUCGACAUAGAUUCGAUAGAAGAUGAACAGACUCUUAUUCAGCUUCUUGAUGAAGCUGAAGAUUUCGACGAUAGGAAGAGGAUACGAGACCGGUUAAUGAAAGUGCAACACGAGAUUAAAGUUCAGAGGGAAAAAGAACGUCGGAGAAGAGAGGAAGAACGUGAACAAGCCAUCCGAAAUAGAUUGAAAGAGGCAGAUGAGAAGAAGAGGAGAACAUUGGAAAUGUACGAUCAGAUGGCUAAAUCUAGUCCCGCUGGAGCAAAGAAGACUGUUGACAUAAAUCUCUACAGAGAAGGUAGCCGACCACAGUCCCCUCUUCCAGGAGUUAUAGAACAACCGAAAGAUUUAGUAGAACAAACUAUUCGUGAAAGAUUGAAAGCGGCGGAAGAGAGAAAGAAAAGGAUAUUAGCUGCAUAUGAUCAUGCAGCUAAAAGUCAGCCAGCAGGUGGAGCUCGCAUCGUGGAAUUCGACGCCUUUAAGAGUGCUGAUGUCUCGAAACUAGAACCACCGAAGCCCGUGAAAGGUAGCUGUUGCUUCAGCAUGUCUGGUGGUGUGCCCAAGGUAGAAAAAGUUGUUCCCGCUGCCGUCCCUAAGUCACCUCAACCUCAAGAUGACUCCCAUUUAGAUCCUAUGGAGAGAGCCAUUCGCGCUCGUGUCAGAGAAGCGGAAGAACGCAAGAGACGCACUCUCGCCGCCUAUGACAUGGCCGCAAGAACUGGUGGUGCCGGACCCAAGACUGUCAUACUCGAGGAAUUCAAAGAUCUCAAAGUGUCAGCAGAUGCCAAACCUGCUCCACGUUAUGAUCCCUGCUUCCGAAGUGGCCUUAAGACAUAGAAUGAAUCUGGCUAUCAGUCAUGUAUUCACAACUACAGUAAAAAAAAAAAAAAAAAAAAAAAAAAAAAAAAAAAAAAACUUCAUAUCUGACAUUAUUUAUUAAAAAUUUUUACAAAAAAAAAAAAAAAA